GGCAAUAAUAAUGCAAAGGUUGGUAAUCUGGGUGGCGCUACGGUCGCCAACGUCGAGACAAGUGAAUUUUGAUUUGACUCUGCAAAAGAAACAUGGCUGACGUGUGUGUGGUGUUUGCGGAGUGUUGUGAAAAAGUGAUCAUUUUGUGACCUUCCCACCCACCUAUGGAUAACUAAUUGACCUCAGAGGAUUCUUCAGUGAUUAGUGCAUACUGUGGGUGAUUGAAAGGAUUUGUGUGGCAAACAAAGUGACCACUGUGAACGUGUGAUUUUGGUGUUUGCCGAAAUGGCUGACGACCGGGGAAGACCCUCGGUGGCUGAUGGAAUAGACAUAAAACGACCUGAGGAGGUUGUCAUGUCCAAUUUGGCCGAUAAUCUCAAAUUUGCUGUCCUCAUUGGACUCGUGGAGGUCGGUGGGCAGGUGUCUAAUCGUGAGGUUGUCAACACAGUUCUGCAUUUGCUCGUUGGUGGUGAAUUUGAUAUGGAGCUCAAUUUUGUGAUUCAGGAUGCGCAGAACAUCAAGCAUAUGCUGGAACUUCUCGAUCACUGUCCACCGAAUUUACAAGCUGAAAUAUGGAGUGUGUUCAUCGCGAUUUUGCGAAAAAGCGUUCGCAAUCUACAAGCUUGUACGGAUGUUGGAUUAAUAGAACAUGUUCUGGUGCGAUUGCAACGUGCUGAAACUGUUGUUGCAGACUUACUUAUUGAGAUGUUGGGUGUCCUUGCGAGCUAUAGUAUCACAGUUAAAGAAUUGAAACUCCUGUUUGGCGCUAUGAAGGCUGUUAAUGGGAAAUGGCCACGACAUUCAGCCAAGUUAUUAAAUGUCCUGCGCCAAAUGCCACAUCGCAAUGGACCCGAUGUUUUUUUCAGUUUUCCAGGACGAAAAGGAUCGGCUAUUGUCCUGCCACCGUUAGCUAAAUGGCCGUACGAGAAUGGCUUCACAUUUACAACAUGGUUCCGAUUGGAUCCGAUCAAUUCUGUGAAUAUUGAACGUGAAAAGCCAUAUCUCUACUGCUUUAAAACGUCCAAAGGUGUUGGAUACACAGCGCAUUUUGUCGGCAAUUGUCUGGUGUUAACAUCAAUGAAAGUUAAAGGAAAGGGCUUUCAGCAUUGUGUCAAAUACGAAUUUCAACCGCGAAAGUGGUAUAUGAUCGCAAUCGUGUACAUUUACAAUCGUUGGACAAAGAGCGAAAUCAAGUGCCUGGUCAAUGGACAACUAGCGUCAAGUACGGAAAUGGCGUGGUUUGUCUCCACAAACGACCCAUUUGAUAAGUGCUACAUUGGGGCGACUCCUGAAGUGGACGAGGAGAGAGUGUUUUGUGGUCAAAUGGCAGCAAUUUACUUAUUCAGUGAAGCACUGACAACACAGCAAAUUUGUGCCAUGCAUAGAUUAGGUCCAGGUUAUAAGUCGCAAUUUCGAUUUGACAACGAAUGUUACCUCAAUUUACCGGACAAUCACAAGCGGGUGAGUGUUUCUUCCCAUUUGGCAACUCCGUAUGCAGCCAAAGUGGCUUCAGGUGGGACUGCUGGCGUGGACAUGGCGACCGAGUCCCCACUGCACUUUCUCCUUAGUGGAGCUGCAGCUGCGGCUGGGGCUCAGGCUGUUAUCGCUAGUGUUCCGCCGGCGGUGCCCGUGACAGCCACCAACUCUCCAACAGCCGCCAAUGCGCCAUCGUCAACUCCCUCCUCCACUUGUGUUGCAAAUGUUGCUAGCGACGACUUUAAUUUUGUAUCCGUUCUGUACGAUGGAAAAUUGUCCAAUGCAAUUGUGUUCAUGUACAAUCCAGUGGCUACGGAUGGUCAGUUGUGCCUGCAAUCGGCACCCAAAGGGAAUGUUUCGUUCUUUGUACAUACACCACAUGCUCUUAUGCUACAGGACGUGAAAGCUGUCGUUACGCAUUCCAUUCACUGUACGUUGAAUUCUAUCGGAGGAAUUCAAGUGCUUUUCCCCCUCUUUUCCCAAUUAGACAUGCCCUACGAUGGCACUAGUGAUGUUAAAAGAGAUCCAGCACUCUGUUCAAAAUUGUUGGGUUUCAUCUGUGAACUGGUGGAGAGUUCACAAACUGUACAGCAACAUAUGAUACAAAAUCGUGGCUUUCUCGUGAUAUCCUUCAUGUUACAGCGAUCUUCCCGGGAACAUUUAACACUGGAAGUUCUUGGAUCAUUUCUCAAUCUUACGAAAUACCUUGUGACUUGUCUUUCGGCCAAUAGUGAUCUUCUUCUCAAGCAGCUCCUGGAUCAUGUCCUAUUCAAUCCAUCUCUGUGGAUUUAUACGCCUGCCAAUGUGCAGGCACGACUGUACUCCUACCUCGCCACGGAGUUCCUCAGUGAUACGCAGAUUUACAGCAAUGUCCGCCGUGUUAGUACUGUCCUCCAGACUGUGCAUACUCUCAAAUUCUACUAUUGGGUGGUAAAUCCGCGAGCAAAGAGUGGUAUUGUACCCAAGGGACUCGAUGGACCACGCCCAGCCCAGAAGGAUAUCUUGGCCAUACGUGCAUACAUCCUGCUCUUCCUUAAGCAACUCAUCAUGAUUGGCAAUGGUGUGAAGGAGGAUGAAUUGCAGAGUAUCCUCAACUACUUGACGACAAUGCAUGAGGAUGAAAAUCUGCACGAUGUCCUGCAAAUGCUAAUAUCGCUCAUGUCAGAACAUCCUAGCUCAAUGGUGCCUGCCUUUGAUGUCAAACAUGGCGUGAGGACAAUCUUCAAGCUCCUUGCAGCUGAAAGCCAAUUGAUUCGCCUCCAGGCACUCAAACUUCUCGGUUUCUUCCUAUCACGGAGCACUCACAAGAGAAAAUACGAUGUGAUGUCACCACACAAUUUGUACACAUUGCUGGCAGAGAGGUUGCUCUUGUAUGAAGAGUCACUAACAUUGCCCACAUAUAAUGUUCUCUAUGAAAUAAUGACGGAGCACAUAUCUCAGCAGAUUCUCUAUUCAAGACAUCCGGAGCCGGAAAGUCAUUUCCGUCUUGAGAAUCCAAUGAUCCUGAAGGUGGUGGCAACACUGAUCCGACAAUCGAAGCAAACGGAGCAAUUGUUGGAGGUGAAGAAGCUCUUCCUUUCGGAUAUGACACUCCUCUGCAACAACAAUCGCGAGAAUCGGAGGACGGUGCUGCAGAUGAGUGUGUGGCAGGAGUGGCUCAUUGCCAUGGCAUACAUUCAUCCGAAGAAUGGUGAGGAACAGAAGAUUUCUGAUAUGGUGUAUUCGCUGUUUCGGAUGCUCCUCCAUCAUGCAAUAAAGCAUGAAUAUGGUGGCUGGAGAGUUUGGGUGGAUACAUUGGCUAUUGUUCACUCUAAAGUCUCCUAUGAAGAGUUUAAGCUUCAAUUUGCCCAGAUGUACGAACAUUAUGAACGUCAUCGAACGGACAAUAUCACAGAUCCGGCUCUGCGUCAGGCUCGUCCCAUUAGUACGAUUAGUGGAUGGGAGAGGGAGUCUGAUCAGGUGCCGGAGGGUGGUGGUGCUGUUGUUGGUGAUGGGGCAUCAAUUGUGGAAAUUGAGGGGGGUAAGACAUGUCAUAAAAUCAGUACAGCGACCACCACGGAGGAGUGCGAUGGGGAGAACAAUAAGAUUAAAUGUGGCUGUGAGGAUGAGGAGGCCAAAGUGACCACCACAUCCGUGGACUCUGUCCACACGAUAUCACACAUCUCAGAUGUCUACAGUAAACAAGUGAAUGAGACAAUUUGCAAUGGGAAUGCCCAUGAUUCCAGUACCGAAGAGGAAAAAUCACCAGCCAAGGAAAUCAUCAAAACAUCAUCCGGAGGCACGGAAGUGCUCAAACAGGUGUUGGAGGUGGACGUGGAGGAAGUAGCACGGGAAGAUGGUGAUACGAAAGAAGUUGUGGAGAAAAUUGUUGGGGAAAUCAUUGAGAAAUCGGAAAAAUUGCUGAAUGACUGCAAAACCACGUCAAAUGAGAUGAUUAUUGAGACGGAGACGGCAUCUCCGGUGAUAAAGGAUGAAGAAUUGGAAUUGGCGGUGAAUGAGGUGGUGAAGGGUGUACGGGAGAUUGAGCGAAAGGUUAAAGGUGACAGUGAUGAUAAUCAUUCAAUUAGUAGGAGCAACAACAAUAAUUUAGUAGAUAUUUCCGAUUCAGCCACGAGCAAAGAUAAGACUGAUUUACUCCUGUCAAGUGCAAUAAUUUGUAAUAGUAGUAGCACGAUCGUGGAAUCGGAUGGUCGGCGGCUGAUUGGUCAGACGGAUGAUGAGAUUGUUGGGGCGAUUGUUAGUGAAAUAGUUGAGAAGUCACUGGAUGAGGUGACGGGUGUUGAGGUGGCUAUUGUGAAUCAGGCCAAGGAAGUGGUGGACAAUGUUCUCCGAGAUGCUACAGUUGUCAGCACAAUUAGUUCUAAGCCGCUAGAAGAUGCGGCUAGAGAGGAAAUUGCCAGUAGUAUUGUGGAUGAAAUGGUGGAAAUUUGUCUUGAUGAUCAAGUAGAAAAAUUGCCUGUUGCUGGCAAUUGUGGGCAGGAAAAAGUUGCAAGUGGUGAUGGUGAAAAGGAUGAAUCUCCUGGAGAGAAAAUUGAUGGGGGGUUGCAUGUGGUGGAAAAUGGAAUACAGACGUCCGAGACGAAUUCACCACAAGUCCAAAAGCCUCAGAGUGCAUCGACGAGUACACAAGUGGAAAAUAAUCACUUUGAACUGAAGAGAUCAAAAUCCGGAUCAACGAGACCAAUGUUUAGUCCCGGUCCAACGAGACCACCAUUCCGAAUACCCGAAUUCAAGUGGUCAUACAUCCAUCAGAGACUCCUCUCUGAUGUCCUCUUCUCCCUGGAAACGGACAUUCAAGUGUGGCGGAGUCAUUCGACCAAAAGUGUCCUGGAUUUUGUCAAUUCCAGCGAAAAUGCCAUCUUCGUUGUAAAUACUGUACAUUUGAUUUCCCAAUUGGCUGAUAAUCUGAUUAUCGCAUGUGGUGGUCUGUUGCCUUUACUAGCAAGUGCUACUUCACCAAAUUCUGAACUGGAUGUGCUGGAACCGACACAAGGAAUGCCACUCGAGGUGGCUGUGUCAUUUCUCCAGCGUCUCGUGAAUAUGGCAGAUGUUCUGAUAUUUGCCAGUUCACUCAAUUUUGCUGAAUUGGAGGCGGAGAAGAACAUGUCCAGUGGAGGUAUUCUCCGGCAAUGUUUGCGCCUGGUGUGCACGUGUGCUGUGAGAAAUUGUCUGGAGUGUAAGGAGAGAACACGCUACAACAAUGGCACUGUUCGAGAUGCUCCAGGUGCUGCCCACUUGCAGGCACUCAUCCGAGGUGCUCAGGCAUCGCCCAAGAAUAUCGUUGAAUCGUUAUCGGGUAGCUUGAGUCCUGUGAAGGAUCCAGAGAAGUUACUUCAAGAUAUGGAUGUCAAUCGUUUGAGGGCUGUUAUCUAUCGUGAUGUGAAACGGAUGUUCCAGGAGGAGACGAAACAAGCUCAAUUCCUUUCCCUGGCCAUUGUCUACUUCAUCUCAGUACUUAUGGUGUCCAAGUACCGAGAUAUCCUGGAGCCACCCGUUGAGCCACAACCACCAAGAGCGUCGCCUGUGAUGCAACGAAAUACCCAAGCACAAGAACCGUCCGCUAGACCACUUUUUCCUCAAUGGUCACAUCACGUUUAUCCACAAUUCUUGCCCGGUUCACAUCCCAAUCACCAAUCACUACCGCCACCGUCCCAGAAUGCCCAGCAACAGCAUCAGGGGCAGCAUCACCAGACCCAACACAAUCAUCUUCAUCACAACGCCAAUUUCACGAGUAGCGAGAUAAAUACAAAUUACUAUCAGACGCGUGAGCACACAAUCCUUACCAACAAUUCCACCAAUGCUUACCUGAGGAAUCGGGCAGGUGGAAUCAGUGGCGGUGGCGGGGGUGGAAGUGGUGGGAAUCACGGAAAUGGUAGCGGGGUCCUUCAUAAAAAUAACACAGUCAAUAACAAUUAUCGCUUUAGGAGUGCUCCAGGUACAAGAACAAUUCAGGAUGAGGACUAUGAGGUGAUUGUUGUGGAUGAGAACAAUUCAUCGGUUCUGGCAGACAAUGAGUCACACUCAAGUGGACCACCUUCGAUAAAGGCUAAACGACAAGUAUCUACAUUAAGUGGAAAUUUACAACCAUUGACACCACCUUUGCAAAAUGUGCCUCAAAAGAUAAAUCGCAAGAGCAUGGAUUCAGAUGCUGCAUCUCUCAAUAUGAAUUCAACGGAGAAUGAUGGUGUUGAGGUUGAAUCGUCAUCAGAAACCAUGGCUGAUGAUAAUAAGCCAAAUAAUUCUAACGAUGAGAGUUGGACGGAUGUAAAUUUGAAUGAGGAUGCAGGCGGUGGUGGUGGUGGAAGUGGAAUAGGGGGUGGUAGUGUUGGUGAUAAAGUUCGGGAUAUUGAGGGGAAUAUUCAUCAUUUGGGCGGGGGAGGAGGAGUAGGUGGUGCAGAACGUGGAGAUAAGCCAGAUUCUGAGAUAUCAGUUGUUCGUGUGCCUGAUACCUAUGCUGGAUCAUCCAGUGGCACUCGUUCACGUCCCGAUGACCUGCAAAUGAAACCACCCCUUGUGGGGUCUUUGCCCCUGACAACACCCUCCCGGGAGGCGAGUCUCACGCAAAAACUUGAAAUUGCCCUUGGGCCUGUUUGUCCUCUGCUGAGAGAGAUUAUGGUGGAUUUUGCACCAUUUCUCUCAAAGACUCUUGUCGGUAGUCACGGUCAAGAGUUACUGAUGGAGGGUAAGGGUUUGACGACUUUUAAAAAUAGCCACAGUGUCGUUGAACUUGUCAUGUUACUGUGCUCACAAGAAUGGCAAAAUAGUCUGCAAAAACAUGCAGGAUUAGCCUUUAUUGAGCUCAUUAAUGAGGGUCGUCUGUUGUCUCAUGCCAUGAAGGAUCACAUUGUGAGGGUGGCAAAUGAGGCGGAAUUUAUUCUCAAUCGUAUGAGGGCAGAUGAUGUGCUAAAACAUGCUGAUUUUGAAUCACAAUGUGCACAGACUCUGCUGGAGCGUCGUGAAGAAGAGAGAAUGUGUGAUCAUUUGAUAACAGCUGCCCGGCGACGGGACAAUGUCAUAGCAUCGCGAUUGUUGGAAAAAGUCAGGAAUAUCAUGUGCAAUCGCCAUGGAGCCUGGGGUGAUACCAGUGGGACGCCGAUUAAGACAAUUUUCUGGAAACUCGAUGCAUGGGAGGAUGAUGCACGACGGAGGAAGCGAAUGGUGCAGAAUCCUCGAGGAUCGAGUCAUCCACAGGCCACACUGAAGGCUUCCCUGGAAAAUGGGGGUCCUGAGGAUGCAAUCUUGCAGGCUCGUGAGGAAUUCCACUCACAGAUUGCUGUGACACGUGGUCAACAACCACCACAGUCAACAGCUGAUCUUUUGGAUGAUUCUGAGUUGUUGAUUGAGGAUCGUGAGUUGGAUCUUGAUCUCACGGGUCCUGUAAAUAUCAGCACAAAGGCCAAACUAAUAGCACCGGGUGUUGUGGCACCCGGAACUGUUUCUAUCACCACAACUGAGAUGUAUUUUGAAGUUGAUGAAGAUAGUGCGGAAUUUCAGAAGAUUGAACCCGAUGUCAUCAAAUACUGCGAUCAUUUGCAUGGGAAAUGGUAUUUUUCCGAAGUUAGGGCAAUCUUUUCGAGGAGAUACCUCCUGCAAAAUGUUGCCAUUGAAAUCUUCCUGGCCAGUCGUACAUCAAUCCUUUUUGCCUUUCCCGAUCAGCAUACGGUGAAGAAGGUGAUCAAAGCACUACCACGUGUCGGCGUGGGCAUUAAGUAUGGUAUACCACAAACAAGAAGGGCAUCAAUGAUGUCACCGAGGCAACUUAUGAGAAAUUCCAAUAUGACACAAAAGUGGCAACGUCGGGAAAUUUCCAAUUUUGAGUAUUUGAUGUUCCUCAAUACCAUUGCUGGGCGAACUUACAAUGAUCUCAAUCAGUAUCCCGUUUUUCCCUGGGUUCUCACAAAUUACGAUUCCCGGGAAUUGGACCUGAGUCAACCGUCCAAUUAUCGGGAUUUGUCAAAGCCAAUUGGUGCUCUAAAUCCCAGUCGUAGGGCAUACUUCGAGGAGCGCUACGACAGCUGGGACAAUGAUACAAUUCUUCCUUUCCACUAUGGAACACACUAUUCAACAGCGGCUUUUGUGCUGAAUUGGUUGAUCCGUGUGGAACCCUUUACCACAAUGUUUCUAGCUCUUCAAGGUGGAAAAUUUGAUCAUCCUGACAGACUCUUCUCUUCGGUGUCUCUAUCAUGGAAGAAUUGCCAAAGGGACACAUCUGAUGUGAAAGAACUCAUACCUGAAUGGUAUUUUCUCCCUGAAAUGUUCUAUAAUUCUUCUAGUUAUCGUUUGGGUGCCCGUGAAGAUGGUACAGUGGUAUCUGACGUAGAAUUACCACCAUGGGCUAAGAGUCCGGAAGAAUUUGUCAGAAUCAAUCGAAUGGCACUGGAGUCAGAAUUUGUGUCAUGUCAACUGCAUCAGUGGAUUGAUUUGAUCUUUGGAUACAAACAACGUGGCCCCGAAGCUGUUCGGGCUACAAAUGUUUUCUACUAUUUGACAUAUGAGGGAAGUGUAGAACUUGAUACAAUUGCCGAUCCGGUAAUGAGGGAAGCAAUUGAGAAUCAAAUUAGGAAUUUUGGUCAGACACCGAGUCAACUGCUGAUGGAACCACAUCCACCACGUAGUUCAGCCAUGCAUCUCACACCAAUGAUGUUCAGUGCGAUGCCAGAUGAUGUCUGCAUGUCUCUCAAAUUUCAUCUAAAUUCACCCAUUAUUCAUAUAUCGGCCAAUACAUACCCGCAGCUUCCGCUUCCGUCUGUGGUAACGGUAACGGCGGGUCAUCAGUUUGCUGUGAAUCGGUGGAAUUGCAAUUAUGCUGCUAAUGUACAGAGUCCCAGUUAUGCAGAAUCACCACAGACACCUGGAACCAAUCUACCACUUACAAUGGAUCCAAUGCUGUCGCAAACAAAUGGGCACAACAAUCCAAUGAUUCGACGUCAUUUGGGCGAUAAUUUUAGUCAAAAACUGAAAAUUCGUGCCAAUUGCUUUGUGACAACGGUGGAUAGUCGCUUCCUGAUUGCCUGUGGCUUCUGGGAUAAUAGUUUUCGUGUAUUUGCCACGGAAACGGCAAAAAUUGUUCAAAUAGUCUUUGGGCAUUUUGGCGUUGUUACCUGUCUGUCGCGUUCAGAAUGCAACAUCACCUCAGAUUGCUACAUUGCUUCCGGAUCGGCUGACUGCACGGUACUCCUCUGGCACUGGAAUGCCAGAACACAGAGUAUUGUGGGUGAGGGUGAGGUGCCAACACCAAGGGCUACACUUACUGGACACGAACAAGCUGUGACAUCUGUUGUGAUUAGUGCCGAAUUGGGAUUGGUUGUGUCCGGAUCGAUAAAUGGUCCUGUACUGGUGCACACGACAUUCGGUGACUUGCUGAGGUCUCUGGAGGCACCCAUUGAGUUCAUUUCGCCGGAAAAUAUUGCAAUGUCCCGCGAGGGAUUUAUCGUGGUGAACUACGACAAGGGAAAUGUAGCAGCUUAUACAAUUAAUGGGAAGAAAUUGAGACAUGAAUCGCAUAAUGACAAUCUUCAGUGUAUGCUGCUGUCGAGAGAUGGGGAGUACCUCAUGACAGCUGGAGAUCGUGGCAUCGUGGAAGUUUGGCGGACAUUUAAUCUGGCACCUCUCUAUGCCUUUCCCACGUGCAACAGUGGGAUUCGAUCAUUGGCUCUUACGCAUGAUCAAAAAUACUUGCUAGCUGGUUUAGCAACAGGCUCCAUCAUUGUCUUUCAUAUUGAUUUCAAUCGAUGGCAUCAUGAAUAUCAGCAGCGUUACUGAUAAAAUACAUCCAAUUGGAGGAUGGUGCAUCAUCAGAAUAUUGUCUGCAGAUAUAUGAGAAAGUGACAAGUGAAUUUCUUACCUCGAACGUUGACACAAGGACGAAGAGAAACAAAGGGAAGAUAAUUAUGAAACAUGAUACUAUAACAAUGCGGCCAAAAUAAGGUAAGAUAGAAAAUAUUUUUAAUUACGCUCUUAAAAGGUUGGAAAAUGGUAUUUUGAAAACAAAGCCACACACACACACUUAAAUAAAAUUUUAGAUAUUAAAAAAAAAUGAUGAAACUAAUAGAAAAAUGGCAAAUUUUUGAAAAAUGGAAAAUGUCAGUUUUACGGAGUAAUUAUUAUAAAUAUUGCAUACUUAAAAACAGUGAAAAAAUAAAAAGAAGAAUGAUAAGAAGAGUGCAAUGGAGUUAAGAAUAUUGGAUAGAAUUAAAAAAAAAAAACAGAAAAUAAAAAUCACAAUAAUCGUCGCGCCAUCGUUAAAAUUUCGAAUUUUUUACAUAUUGAUUCAUCCCUUGUUUAUAUUCUUGACUUUUUUUUGGCUCCUCUUAUUGGAGUUUCCCAUUAAAGACAAAAGAAAUGAGUAUUAGUAGAAGAAAUUAAAUAAAAUAAAUUUAAAUAAAAAAAAAUGCAUGAAAAAACAUGAUUUAAAAAAAAACAAA